UAUCAAGAUUUGCACCCUCAUGUGGGUCAUUUGCUAGGAAAAUCAAUGACCCACUUGAAACACAGAUGAAAACAACGUGGAAGAUUAGCCCACUUGAAACACAGAUGAAAACAACGUGGAAGAUUAGCAAACGAAUG